AUGGCGUUCCUGGUCUACGAAUACGUGCCCAAUCGCGCCCUCAACUACCACCUGUUUUCGAGUAAGUGGUUUACCUGUGACUCAGCCCUGUCUCAGCGCGUGCAAAUAGCCGUGGGGGCGGCAACAGGCCUGCACCAUCUGCACGAGAGGAACAUCAUUCACCGCGACUUCAAAUCAUCUAAUAUCCUGCUUGACGAUAACUUGGUAGCCAAAGUGAGCGACUUCGGACUGGCCAAGGUGGGCCCGGUGGGGGACCAGAGCUAUGUUGAGACGAAGGUGAAGGGCACACCGGGGUACAUCGACCCUGCUUACAUGGAGAGAGGCCGCCUGACAGUGAAGUCCGAUGUCUAUGCAUUUGGAGUGGUGUUGCUGGAACUGCUAACUGGGAGGCAUGCGACAGACAGCGACAGUGGCAGCUUGGCGCAGUGGGUGUGGGAGGAGUCUAAAGUCUACACCCCAUCCAUAGUUGAUGCGAGAAUAAAGGACGGAUAUUCGGACAAGGGUGGGAGGAAGUUUUUCGCGCUUGCCCGCGCGUGCAUAAAUGUGAACACAGAGCCUCGACCAGAGAUGAGUGACGUGCUGAGUACACUCAAUUUGAUUAGUAAGAUGUGA